AUGAAGUACGUUGUUGUGUCCGGAGGUGUCAUUUCAGGCAUCGGUAAAGGCGUUCUAGCGUCAUCGACCGGUAUGCUGUUGAAAACGCUUGGGUUACGGGUCACUUCGAUCAAAAUCGACCCAUACAUGAACGUGGAUGCCGGCACCAUGUCGCCGCUGGAGCACGGAGAGUGUUUUGUGUUGAACGAUGGUGGCGAGACUGACUUAGAUUUGGGUAAUUACGAACGUUACCUCGGUGUGACGCUCACGAGCGACCAUAACAUCACCACCGGUAAAAUAUACUCACAUGUCAUCUCGCGCGAGAGAAAAGGUGACUACUUGGGCAAAACCGUCCAAGUUGUGCCGCAUUUGACCAAUGCUAUUCAGGAGUGGAUCGAACGCGUGUCGAGGAUCCCUGUCGACGAUUCUGCCGUUGAGCCCGACGUUUGCAUCAUUGAGCUAGGUGGUACCGUCGGAGACAUUGAAAGUGCACCUUUUGUCGAGGCGCUGCGUCAAUUCCAGUUCAGAGUAGGUAAAGACAAUUUUGCACUCAUCCAUGUCUCUUUGGUGCCCGUUAUUCAUGGGGAGCAGAAAACCAAGCCCACACAAGCUGCCAUCAAGGAUUUGCGUUCAUUGGGGUUAACUCCCGAUAUGAUUGCUUGUCGUUGUACUGAAAAGCUGGACGAGCCCACCAUCAACAAAAUAGCCAUGUUUUGCCACGUUGGACCAGAACAAGUCGUUAACGUGCAUGACGUGAAUUCCACAUACCACGUUCCGUUGCUUUUACUUGAGCAGAAGAUGAUCGACUACUUGUCUGCGAGACUCAAAUUGUCGGACAUUACAUUAGACAGUGAGGACAAGAAGCGUGGUGACAAUUUGUUGGCAAGAUGGAGAUCCUUAACGACAUCGAUCGAUGAGUCCUCGCAAUUGGUGAAGAUCGCUUUGGUCGGCAAAUACACGCAUUUGAAGGACUCCUAUUUGUCCGUUAUUAAGGCUCUGGAGCAUUCUAGCAUGCGUUGUUGCAAGAAACUGGAAAUCGUUUGGGUAGAGGCCUCGGAUUUGGAGCCCGAAACCAACGAAUCUGAAAAGGCUAAAUUCCACGACGCUUGGAAUAAGCUGAGCAGCGCGGACGGUGUUCUCGUUCCAGGUGGAUUCGGAACGAGAGGUACCGAAGGUAUGAUUCUUGCUGCGAAGUGGGCUCGUGAAAACAAUAUUCCAUACCUGGGCGUGUGUCUUGGAUUGCAGAUCGCUACAAUCGAGUUUGCACGUAACCUCCUGGGUUUGAAAGAUGCUACCUCGGCUGAAUUCGACCCCGAAAGCCCUGCAGAGGCCCAAGUGGUCGUGUACAUGCCUGAGAUCGAUAAAGAGAAAAUGGGAGGCACGAUGAGACUUGGUUUGAGACCCACCGUUUUCCAGCCAAACACAGAAUCUAGCAGCAUUAGAAAGCUAUACGACGGAGCGCAACAGGUGCACGAGAGACACCGCCACAGAUACGAGAUCAACCCAAUGCUUGUGGAACAACUAGAAAGCCAUGGACUGCAUUUUGUCGGUAAGGACGAGUCCGGUGAGAGAUGCGAGAUCUUGGAGUUGCAAGGCCACCCGUAUUUCGUGGCGGCCCAGUACCACCCAGAAUACAUGUCGAAAGUGCUAGACCCAUCCCAACCGUUUUUGGGAUUGGUCGCAGCGUCUGCAGGCGUCUUGGACGAAGUACUCUCGAGGGAAAAAUCGCUAGAACCUGCUGAGUUUUAG